UAUUGGACUGUUCAAACCUUCGAUAAACCAAACGGCAUUGGCUUAAAAAUAAUAUAUUUUUUAUCUUUUUUUUUUAACCUUUUGAUUUUCUGUUGUCAAACUUGUACGGACGGGUUUUGGUUUUGAAACAAAGACUUUGGUUUUGAGCUAACAGAAAAGGCAGUGUUGGGAUCUGAUAUGGGUUUUUUGUUAGAUUUUAUUUUCAUAUUUGAAAUGAUUAUAACAACACUGAUUUCCUUCUGAAGUAAAUCUUUUUUUAAAAAAUCAAUUGUCCUUUUUCGUUUAGCUUUUUUAUUUUUAAUAUUUUAAUAAUUUAGUGAUCCAAAUCUGACAACCAAAGCAUGAAGAAGAAGCUCGACACCCGUUUCCCAGCUGCUCGUAUUAAAAAGAUUAUGCAAGCUGAUGAAGAUGUUGGGAAGAUUGCAUUAGCAGUGCCUGUUUUAGUUUCUAAAGCAUUGGAAUUGUUUCUACAAGACCUUUGUGAUCGUACGUACGAGAUUACCCUUCAGAGAGGAGCAAAGACCAUGAAUUCGUUGCAUUUAAAGCAUUGUGUACAGAGCUAUAAUGUAUUUGAUUUUCUGAGGGACAUUGUCAGCCGGGUUCCUGACUAUGGUCAUGGUCAUUCUGAUGUUGCUACUGAUGAUCGAACUAUUUCCAGGAGAAGGAAAGCUGCUGGAGAUGAAGUCAAUGAAAGUGAUGAAGAAUCAAAGAGGAGCAGAAUGCAUGAUGUGGGUCAUGCUGGCACCAGUGGCAGAGGGAGAGGCCGGGGACGAGGUAGGGGACGUGGAAGAGGAGCUCGAAAUGUGGAAAGAGAUUCUCAUCGUGAAACAGAACCAGAACCCUGCUCAACUCUUCAGCAAAGCAACAAAAGUCAUUCAACGCCUGGAAUGGUGAUAGAUGAUGGUUCUGAGUUGAAGGAACCGAUGAAAGAGAACACAAUUGAUGAAGAUACCAAUCAAGCUGUUUGGAAUUUUGAUCUGAAUGCUGGGGUAGAUGAGAAAGUGGAUACAAAGGCCUCAUCAGAUGCAGUUACUGCUGCUGCAUCAGUAGCAACAGCAGCAGUGGAACCAACUCAGCCUUCUUCGGCAGAGCCUACAACAGAGACAAAACAUGAAGAAUACCCAGGCUGGUCUCUUUCAGAUAUGGACAAGAUGGCCAUUGAUCCUCUUCAACUUGCUCAGCUUGGCAGAAGGUUAGAUGAGGAUGAAGAAGAUUAUGAUGAAGAAGGCUAAGUAAUUAUGGAGUAGGACUUAGAAAAAGUUAGCGGUUGAGAUCAGAUUAGCAACUGAGUAGAAAGGUUGAGAAAAAGCAAAAUAGUCAAGAUGACCUCAAUGGGGAAUGGAAGUAUAUCCAACAUAGGUCUCAAGGGAUCAAAUGCAUCUCUCUUCUCUUUCUCUCUCUCUCUCUCUCUCUGUGUUUAUCCAUUUCUGUUAUGCCAUUUGCUAACAUAAGUUUAAAAUGGUAGCUUCUCUCAACAACAAGACACUGGUCUGGGAACUUGCUCGUUACUCAACGGGAAAAUAUGGCUCCUUAGUAUAACAGAAUUGCGCUUAGAAAAUCUGUGUUAACUAUGAUUUUUUGCUCGUUUUGUUAUGAUUAGCUCAUUAAUUUUAGUUCCUGAUUGUCAAUUCAGAUGUCUUGUCUGUUUCUUUAAUUGCUUUAACUUAAUUUACUCUGCUAGUUUCCUCUGCUUUCUUGGACAGUGCUUUGAACUUGAGUUGUCAUUUGCACUUACCAAGUUCAGCAAUGGGAAGAAUUCGUUUGCUGGCCAUAUUGCUGAAAGGAACAAUUCCUCCCUAGUGCCACGAGCUAAAACUGGUAGUCUUUUUAACUUUGAGUUUGUGAUGAAUAAUGGAUGCAUUGCAAGCUUUCUUUUCAUACAUAUCAACUGCCACGACCAUGCAUGAACAUGUCAUGAUUCUUGCCGGUGUGAGAUCAGGUUUGAGGGCACUGUAUAUAUAUUCUGGUGAUUUUUUUUUUUUUUAAUUCUUAAUUUAUCCUUCAACCCUUCUAUCCUUACAAAUACCUAAUUGAAAAAAACAUUAUUCAUAUAAGGUCAUUCGAACCCAUAAUUUUUAAGUAUUAGUUCCACCUUUUAUUGAACUAUACUGAUAUAUCACUUUACAUCGUUGCCUACCU